AUGUUUGACGAAGAUCAAAUUGAAGCAUUUAAUUUAAUCAAGGAUGGCCACAAUCUAAUUGUAAGUGGACAAGCCGGAGCUGGCAAAACAUUCCUUAUUAAAAAAGCUGUUAAAUAUUUAAGAAAACAUCAAAGAAAGGCAGAAAUCGUGUGUUCUACUGGCAUUGCUGCUACACAUUUUUCCGACUUGGGAGCACAAACCUUACAUCGAUGGGCAGGAAUUGAAGAUGGUAGGCAUAUGAAUCAAAAUUUACUGCAUCUCAUUGAAACAGAUGAAAGAUUUAUUUCUGUUAAGAAGAAUUUUCUCAAUGUUGAUGUUCUUUUUAUAGACGAAAUUUCUAUGAUUAGUUCCAAAGUUCUUUCUCAAGUGGAAUUUUUAAUUAGAAAUGUGAGGAAAUCAAAUCAAUACUUUGGUGGUGCUCAAAUUGUAUUAGUAGGGGAUUUUUACCAGCUUCCCCCUGUACCAAAUGAACUUUUAGGUGAUCCUGGAAACCAUUGUUUUAGAAUUAGUUGGUUUAAUGACUGUUUUCCUCAUCAAAUUAUUUUACAUUUGAUCCAUCGUCAAAGCGACCAUACUCUUAUUAAAUGCAUUAAUGAAUUGGAAAUUGGCAAUCCGUCAGAUGAGACUUUGGCAUUUUUAAACUCACUGAAUAGACCCACUGAAAAUGAACAUAAUGCUGUGCAACUUUUUGCCAGGAAUUUAGAUGUUGACUUAUUUAAUUAUAACAAAUUGCAGUCAAUCCCAGGAGAUUUAAAAGUAUACAAUGCAAUAGAUCAAGGGUCUGAACAUUAUUUAAACAAGAUGUUAGCUCCAAAAAAUCUAGGAAUUAAAAAUGAUUGUAGUAUUAUGUUGGUAAAGAGCCCUUAG